UUAAUUUAAAUUCCAUCUUCCCUUCUUCCUAUCUUCUCUUCCCCUUCCGUUCCACCACCACCGCCAUUCAUUCUCACCCGGAUUACAGCAGAAACGAGAAGAUCUCUCUCAGGAUUCGUCGGAGUCAUAGAAGAUCUAAGAUCACAGUGAAUCACUGGAGAAGAACAACUGAAAAAUGAAGAUGUGCGAGCUCUGCAAAUCAAUAGCCAAGACCUUCUGCGAGUCAGAUCAGGCCAGCCUCUGCUGGUCCUGCGACGCCAAAGUCCACGGAGCUAACUUCCUCGUCGCUCGCCACUCCCGCACUCUGCUCUGCCACUUUUGCCAGUCGCUCACGCCGUGGCAGGCCGCCGGCGCGAAGCUCGGCCACACCGUCUCCUUCUGCUUGCGGUGCGCUAACGGAGAUACUCACGAGGCGCGACGAGGUGAGGAGGUCGAGGAAGAGAGCGGGAGCGAGGAAUCGGAGCUGGAUGAAGAGGAGGAAGACGAAGAAGAUGAGGAGGAUGGUGAUAAUCAGGUCGUUCCGUGGUCUGCCUCGGCCACAACGCCUCCACCGGCGAGUUCUUGUUCAUCUUCUUCAUCGGAGAGCGACGGCGGAGAGUACGUCGAAUCUAGGAAAGCAGUUUCUGUAAAACGAACAAGGGAGACAGAUCUACUAUCCUUGCUUGAGGGUGAUAUCGUCCGGCGAUCUGAUCGGCAGAAGUACUGUCAGUCUCCGACUCGGUCUCACGCAAGCGAGUCGACUUCUCUUGACGAGUCGGUGAGACCUUUGAAAAACCGGAGAAUAAUCGGAACGGCCAUACACUGCUGCUCCGGCGCAAGAUCCGCGGCCAUUGAGGAGUGUUUGGCGAGGCUGGAUCCAAUUAGUCAAAAUCGUGUGAGAAUUUGUGAUGGGGAGGCGGUGGUGGCAGUUGAUGAAGGAGACGAAGAAGUUUCAUCAGAAAAUCUCAGCCGUGCGAUCUGAAGGAGAGAUUCGAUGGUUGGAGUAGGGCCCCUGAUUUUCCUUGGCUCGGGGAGUUGGUUCGAAGGUACCGCCGAUGGCGUCUCCGAAAAUCCUAACAAGAAAAUUAAUUAAUUUAAAUCAUUGAUUAGUUUCAUGUUUGUAUUAAUCCCACUCCUUCCCCAUUUAAAUUUAUAAUUAAUUAUUGCAUUAGGUGAGACUUGAGCGAGAGAUAGGGAUAUUCUAUUUGAUAAUAGCUUUUAGAUAACAGGGUUCGUUUGUGUAGGCUGUUAGCUGCUGUUUGGUGUGUAAAAAAUGGGUAUUGCCGUCAGUGAUGGAAUGAAAUGUAUCAUCGAGUAGGAAUAUGAAUUUAACAUGGUUUGGUUGUUACUUGUUAGUGACAACUCACUCCGAUUCCCGAUCACUUGCUUUUUAUUGCUC